AAGUCUUAGGAUUAUGGACUAUUUGUGUGAAUCGAUUCAAAUAAAUAUUGUAGCUAAAUUGUAAAAUGUCAAUGUCAACCGUCACAAUGUAAUUGGAUUAGUGUUUAUUAAAUCUGCCUUGAAAUACGUAACUGUAUUUUCCUAAAAAAAAAUCCAUCAGGAUACGUAUGUAUGUAUGUACUUUGUGUAAAUAAAAAUAAUGUCGUCCAAUAUAAUGCUACCGGAAUCCCCGGAUCCCAAUACACGAUCAGAAACUGUAGCCUCAAAGAUCAGUUUCAAUGAGCAGUCUUCAUCUAGAACAAGCAAAGUUGCGUUUUCGUUUAUGGAGAAAAGAGCAAUGUAUCGUGUUGUGGUUGACGGUGCCGAUGUCACACCCGAAGACAUUCUCGAGCCUGAUUAUGUAAUGAUGGUAGAUACUUUUUCGCACGCUGCCUUUGAAAACAAACCCCGUUUUAAAAGUGAAACCGGGCUUAAAGCUACGUCUAAAUCACGAUCCGUUACGGAGGGUGCGAUGACUGUUUUUGCAACGACAAUCUCUCUUGACGACAUUCAUAUCGAUCACACGCUCAACACGAGCGAGGGUUUUAUACCUGACGACGAAGUUCUCGAACAAGCGCCUUCAGCAUUUUAUCUCCCGAAAAGUAAACCAGUCAUGUCUUAUCCCCCAGAAAUUUUCAUUGUGCUUAAAGAGACAGAAACUUGCUAUUUGUUCGAAUUACCUAGUUUUGCUUUUGAGAAAGGUACUCCUGAAGCAGAUAAGGUAGAAGAGGAUAAUGAGUUUUAUCAAUAUAUUACUGUUGGAAAAGGGAGAAACAGAAAAAUGAUUGUGGAGGAAACACAAACCGAAGAGUAUAUUGUACAAACACGACACACGCUCGCGUCGAGACCCCAAAGGAAAAAUGCUAUAGCAUUCGCAUCUUUAUGGGACAUGCACGAUACCUACGCUAAGCUUGCAAACGUGAAAAAAGUAGAAGAACCUGAUGAAAUGGUGCUCUAUCAAUCAGCAGCACCCAAUUUACUCAGAAAGAAGAAACUAAAUGUUUUUGACGCUUCCUUGAAAAAAGGAAAAUGUUUUGAAGAACUAGCGUCGACACCAGAAUUCCUAGAUGCGGUUUUAUUGGCUGAACGUGUAUUAUCGACACUAGAAUAUUCUGAAGCUCAGAAGAAAUACCGUGGCUUGGUUCGUAUAGAUCCACUCUCGUUAGAUUUAGUGUAUAUUUACACAAUGAAACCUUUAUGGACUUUUGAAUGUGAAGAUACCAUAAACCGCCCCAUAACUGGAAUCUCAUUUAAUCCGAAGAAUGAGAAUAUAUUAGCAGUCGCUCACGGGAAGUUCCGGUAUGCUGAAUGCUAUAACGGCUUGGUCUGUAUUUGGUGUACAAAAAAUCCACUAAAACCCGAAAGAGUUUACCAAUUCGAAGAUCCAUUAACAUCAUUGGCAUUUGCCGAAAAAAACCCUAACUGGCUAGCUUGCGGUUUUGCUAACGGUGACGUAUUGAUUUUGGACAUCACUUCAUACACCACAAAAAGCAUAGCGAAAAGUAAACGCGACACAAAUCCCUGUUUUGAACCAAUCUGGGUGACAAGUUGGCGAUCAAUUGAUAAGGAUAAUGAAUUCGUUAUGACUUCAUGUCAAGACGGAAGGAUCAACAAAUUUACUAACACUAAGACCCACGAUUUUAUAUGUUCACCCAUGAUGAGAAUAUCAACCGUCGAAGGUAAGAUGAAAGGGCUGGAAGCAACGAAAGCAUGUUUGAAAGUAGACGUUCCUAUAACGCGCUACCCAGCAGCGUUAUGCAUAAAAUGGCACCCGAACGUUGAGCACGUGUAUCUAGUUGGUACUGAUGAAGGAUGUAUUCACAAAUGUUCUACUCAUUAUCUGAAUCAACACAUCGAGGUCUUCAAAGCACAUGCAGGUCCUGUUUACGGCAUGGAGUACUCCCCUUUUAUGAGUUCGUUGUUGGUGUCUUGCGGCGCAGACGGUGCUAUAAGAUUGUGGAUAGAAGGCAUGGAUGACGUCAUUAUGACCUUAACAUGUCCCGCUGCAGUAUACGGUAUCGCAUUCUGUCCAAUCAACUCCACGGUGAUUUUAUCAGUAAGCGGAAAUAUACUUUCCAUUUGGGAUCUGCGAAGGAAAACUCAUAUGCCGUGUGCGGAAUACUCUUUUCCUAAUAACGUUGUUCUGACGUACAUUAAAUUUGCCGCUUCGGGAGAUAAUGUCUUCGUUGGUGAGACGUCUGGACGCAUUCACACAUUCCAUUUGGAAGACACUCCGAUACCACCGUUUUACCAAAGAAAGAUGUUAGACGAGGCGAUCAAAAAAGCACUUUGCACGAGACCACAGCUCUUGAAGCAACUCGAAAAAUUGGAAAAAUUUAGAGAGAAGUAUGCGAAAUAAUUAACGAAAUCAAUUUGAAUAAAAUUUGUACAUGUGAUAUUUAUAAGUAGCAAUCAUGAAGCUAUUAAAAUUAUUUUAUUACUAGCUGUUACCGUCCGCUUCGCUGGGCAUUUAAAAUUAACAUUAUUAUUUCUCACCCCCACAAAGACUCUCAUCAUUAACGCCCCCGCAACUGGUGUAGGGAGUCCAACACUCAUAUAAAUAUUAGCCUAUCCAUUAACUACAUGUAUUUUCUACAUGAAUACCAAGUUUCAAUUCAAUCGGAUGCUUGGUUCAGUAGUUAUAACGGAACAUCCGUAAAAAGCAGUGUAGAUUUAUAUAUUAGUAUAGGUUUUUUUUAAAUCUAAAGCUCAUUCUUGUUUAUACCACAAUUAAACUACAAGAGAAUAUACCUAUCUAUCAAAAUCACCAACUUAGCUUACACUGCUUGACAUCACUUUAAUAUAUUAGUUACUGCGCUGACCUCAUCGGUUUUGCCACAACCUUAUACACCGUCUGUAACCAACGUUCACAAGUUCAUGUUCAAUUCUAUGGUUGUAAUAAUAAUUAUACCCAAAUCACAUUUU